AUGAAGCUAAUCGCAGCCUUGUUGGUCGCGGCAUGUGCACUGGCGCUGGCCUCAACUGUGCAGGGCACUUUUGACGCGGACUACUACAAGUGCUACCAGCUGCCCUACUGCCAUGCACAGCGCGGUAUCAAGGACUGCGGCUGGUGCUACGACGCGCACCACCCCAACAAGGGCUACGGGAUCCCGUGCAAGAGGGACGACUAUGGAGGUUGCCAGCCGGUGAAGCCCUGCUCCGGCGAGUACAUCUGGGGGGACCGCAAGUUGAGCACCUACGGCGACAAGUGCACCAAGCACGCCGUGAAGCCUUACGACACGUGCCGGGAUCUCAAGUACUGCUGGGAUCAGGCGGGCAUCGAGAGCUGCGGAUGGUGCUACGUGAAGGACCACCACGCCGCCGGCUGGGCCCUCCCCUGCUACAAGAAGGACGGCUCCUGCAAGCCAGUGGCGUACUGCCCCGGGGAGUACUACUGGAAGGAUGAGGAGUGA